AUGGUGAACACUAGCAAGACCCAGACAGACACCAUGCCGUCAUCAAACGAUUUCAAGAAGAACCGCGCCUCCACCGGAUUCUCCUUGCGCGGGCGUGCGAUUGGCUUUGCGCACGCCAACGGUACCGCCCGAGAGAAGCACUCCAAGAAGGCAGCUCUCGGCCUCGGAGCACGUCGUCGCAGCUUUGACAGGCACAGCAAGCCCGCUAUCGUGCCCGACGAAGUCUGCCAUCCCCCCCACAUGGAGCGGUCGCCAUGGGCCAUGAUGCCGGAUGCCGGUACCGGAGUCAAAUCCCGACGCUUGAGUAUCAGCCUGCCGGACGACUUCCACGUCGAGACAGCCGAUCUGCUCUCCGAGUACGAGUACCAGAACAAGCUCCUUGGCCGUCACGGAAAGCAUCUUGGUAAGGGAGCAACCUCCAAGGUGACUCUGAUGUGUCGCAAGGGUUUCCCUGGUGAGCUCUAUGCUGUCAAGGAGUUUCGCGGCAAGAGCAAGUCAGACACCACGGAGGAGUACGAAAAGAAGGUCAAGUCGGAAUACAGCAUCGCCAAGAGCCUGCAUCACCCGAACAUUGUCGAAACCAUUCAGCUUUGCACCGAUCAUGGACGUUGGAACCAUGUGAUGGAGCACUGUGCAGACGGCGACAUGUACCAGCUCAUCGCCAAGGGUCAUCUCAAGGACCCUGCACGCGCGACGGAUCGUCUCUGUCUUUGGAAGCAGACCGUGCAGGGCGUCAACUACCUCCACAGCAAUGGUAUCGCUCACCGCGAUAUCAAGCUUGAGAAUUUGCUCAUCAUGAACGGAAGCAAGGUCAAGAUCACAGACUUUGGUGUUUCGGAGGUCUUCUCUGGAACCCAUCCAGGUCUUCGCGAAGCCGGCGGGCAAUGCGGCCAGAACAUGUCUGACGUACGUAUGUGUUCUCCAGGCAUCUGCGGCAGCGAGCCGUACAUUGCUCCUGAGGUUUUGCAGAAGAAGCAAUCCUACGACCCUCGGGGCAUGGAUGUCUGGGGCACAGCCAUCAUUAUGAUUUACCUCACCUUUGGUGGAAACAUUUGGACCAGAGCCGAGCGUGGCGCUGCACCCCUCUACGACAGCUUCUGCAAGGGCUGGGACAAGUGGAAUGCGAAGCACCCCGAACCUGACGCUGCCCUUAGCGACAGGGACUACCCCUUCUUUGAGGCCUUUGAUCUCUGCAUCAACCCACCCGCUCUGCGACGCUUGCUGUUGUCAAUGCUGAAUCCUGAUCCGGCUAAGCGAGCAAGUAUCGCAGACAUCGCAGGCUACCGCUGGUUCAAGAACAUUGAAUGCUGCCAAUACGACAGCUACGAUGACCCAGCAAAAUACAUUGAUGCCUCGAAGAAAAACGCUACACACGUCAACGGACAGAAGAAGAUAUUCUGCCACAACCACCUGCCUCUGGCAAGUCAAGGCCAUUCACUUGGCAAGAUGCCAGGACAGGCGGGCUACUAA